AUGGUGUACAACCCAGUCCAUGGCCUGCCCUUCCUCCCAGGCACGUCCUUUAAGGACACCACGAAAACAGCCUUCCAUAGAAGCCAGACGUUGGGCUACAGGAAUGGCUAUGCAGUUGUUCGACGUCCAACAGUUGGCAUAGGUGGGGAAUGGCUCCAGGUCAACCAGCUGUCCCAGGCUGAGCUCGAUGAGUUGGCCAAUAAGAGACCAGCAUUAACUUAUGGCCAACCUAAGCAAGCCCCACCUGCUGAUUUUAUUCCUGCACAUGUGGCUUUUGACAAAAAGGUUCUGAAAUUUGAUGCCUAUUUCCAAGAAGAUGUCCCUAUGUCAACUGAGGAACAUUAUAGGGUCCGUCAAGUGAACAUUUACUAUUAUCUAGAAGAUGACAGCAUGUCUAUUGUAGAGCCUGUUGUGGAAAACUCUGGAAUCCUUCAGGGCAAGUUAAUCAAACGCCAGCGGCUAACCAAGAAUGACCGAGGAGACCAUUACCAUUGGAAAGAUCUAAAUCGAGGAAUAAACAUCACAAUUUAUGGCAAAACCUUCCGCAUUGUUGACUGUGACCGAUUCACACAGGUAUUUUUGGAAAGUCAAGGAAUUGAAUUAAAUCCCCCAGAGAAAAUGGCUCUUGAUCCUUACACUGAACUCCGCAAACAGCCUCUUCGUAAGUAUAUCACCCCAUCGGACUUUGAUCAACUCAAGCAGUUUCUCACAUUUGACAAACAAGUUCUUCGAUUCUAUGCGAUCUGGGAUGAUACAGACAGCAUGUUUGGUGAAUGUCGGACCUAUAUCAUUCAUUACUAUCUUGUGGAUGAUACGGUGGAAAUUCGGGAGGUCCAUGAACGGAAUAAUGGGCGAGAUCCUUUUCCACUCCUGGUGAACAGACAACGCCUGCCCAAGAUUUUGGUAGAGAAUGCAAAGAACUUCCCUCAGUGUGUGCUAGAAAUUUCUGAUCAAGAAGUGUUGGAAUGGUAUACUGCCAAGGACUUUAUUGUUGGGAAACCACUCACUAUCCUUGGGAGAACGUUCUUCAUUUAUGAUUGUGAUCCAUUUACUCGACAGUUUUACAGAGAAAAGUUUGGAAUCACUGACUUACCAGUUAUUGAUGUGAGCAAGAAGGAACCACCACCUGUGAAACAGGAAUUACCUCCCUAUAAUGGUUAUGGACUAGUUGAGGAUUCUGCUCAGAAUUGCUUUGCUCUGAUUCCAAAAGCUCCGAGAAAAGACAUUGUUAAAAUGCUGGUGAAUGAUAACAAGGUGCUUCGUUAUUUGGCUGCACUGGAAUCCCCCAUCCCAGAAGACAAAAAUCGCCGAUUCAUCUUCUCUUACUUUCUAGCCACUGAUAUGAUCAGUAUCUUUGAGCCUCCCGUACGAAAUUCUGGAAUCAUUGGGGGCAAAUACCUUGGCAGGACUAGAGUUGUUAAACCAAACUCCUCAGUGGACCACCCUGACUACUAUGGUCCUGGUGACUUCUUCAUUGGUGCUGUGAUUGACGUGUUUGGCCACCGAUUCGUCAUCCUUGAUGUGGACGAGUAUGUUUUGAAAUACAUGGAGAGCAAUGCUGCCCUGUAUUCACCGGAAGCACUCUCAUCCAUUCAGAACCAUGUUCAAAAGAAAGAGCCUCCUGGACCAGAAUUGGAAAACAAGCAAACUGAAGAGGAUCCAGGCACGAGGGAACUGGAAGCAUUAAUAGACACAAUCCAGAAGCAACUGAAAGACUAUUCGUGUAAAGACAACAUUCGAGAGGCAUUUCAAGUUUAUGACAAGGAAGCUUCAGGAUAUGUGGACCGAGAGAUGUUCUUUAAAAUCUGUGAAUCUUUUAACAUCCCAAUUGAUGAUUCCUUGGUUAAGGAGUUAAUCAGGAUAUGCUCUCACGAAGAAGGCAACAUCAACUACUAUACCUUUGUUCGUGCUUUCUCAAACUGACAUGGCCAAUGAGAGAAUAGGAACAUUUGAAGUUGGAGCUACACUUGGAAAUCUACGGUGUUCUUCAUAGAGGCAUUUACAGAGCUCCUGAA